UAAAUUGUUAAGCUGAUUCUGAAAUCUUAGGCCAUGAAUAUCUAGAUUGGGCUUGAUGUUUCACGUAUCUUUUAGAGAUAGUGGCUUCGUUUCAUAUGUUCUUCAGGACUACAGAAAUGCUUCUUUGAAUAUAUUCUUGAAUAUUAUCAACUGGAGACAAUAAUCGGUUUCUGCUUUAUCUGAGUUGGUGCCAGUAACGUAAAGUCAAAAUCAUUUGCGAGUUCUUUGCAUUUGCCUUGACUUUAAAAUUGGAUGUUGCAGAUAUUCUCUUCUGUCGAUAAGCCACUGCAAUAUCAUUCAAAGCAAAUAAAGGAAAUAUGAAUGAUGGAGAUGUUGAGCUUUCAGAUGGUUUCUUAUUGUCGAAUCCAGAAUCGUCGAGCAAUGUUCAGUCUUCAACAUCCAUGAAUAAAAUCAAUGAAUUCUUGAGGAACACCAGAACAUGCACCCAUACUCACACUUGCAACCCUCCUGGCCCAGAUGCAGCACAUACCCACACAUGUUACCACACACACACCCAAGUCAUUGCGUCUGAAGAAGAUGAUCAUACAGAUGAUAAGGAGCAUACCAACACAAAACGAAAACGGCCUUCGGGUAAUAGAGAAGCUGUUCGAAAGUAUAGGGAGAAGAAGAAGGCACAGACUGCUUACCUAGAGGAGGAAGUUAAGAAAUUGCGUCUGCAGAAUCAGCAAUUAGUUAGGAAGCUACAAGGGCAUGCACAUCUUGAAGCUGAGGUUUUGAGGUUGAGGAGCAUCCUGGUUGACCUCAAGGGAAAAAUUGACAAUGAGUUGGGUGUUUUCCCCUAUAAAAAGCAGUGUAAUGGCUCUUCCUCAAUCUUUAAAGAGGGGCACACCAACAUGCUGCCCACAGACCGCGGGACUGAUCUUCAGUGUCAGACCAAUUUCCAAUGCUUUGAUCAACAGGCAGGAUUAUCAUCUCAGGUUGGUACCUGUGGAAAUGAAAAUUUUAUGAUUCCAUGUGAAGGGAACUGUGAACCUCUAGCCGUGAAUUGUCAAGGUAACACGAAUAACAUAUCAAAUACUGAGGGGCAAGUUGUGGACUCAGUGGAUAACUUGAUGUCAUCUGCAUCUCAAGAUAAGAAAGUGAUGCAUCUCUAAUCUUAAACUUAUGUUAUGCUGUGUGAUUUACAUGGCAUUUUCUACGCGAAGGAAACCACAAGCACAAGAAAGCAAAUCAAUAACAGUGACAUUAACUUGAAAUGAUAAGAGUAGGGCUGCAGAAUUCUCCCAGGACAUAGCUUUUUCUGGCAGUCCUGUACUGUUGCAUUGUGUACUUGAAUUGAAACUUAAUCGUUAUGAAUUCAUCAGAGAACUAAAAUUUCUUCAUAAAC